CGGAGCACUCCAUUGAUUCACUAGCCUACGGUGAUCUAAAUGUUGGCUCUCUCGGGAUUUAUUCGGCCAAAUGUGAAAUCCAAACCUCGUGCGUCAUUGAAAAAUAAGUGGCGAGAUAUGGUGGGGAAGCACGCGCUGGGUCGCGGAUUAAUCGACACUCUCUCGUGGGCUGGUGAUUAUUUGUGGUCCGAAGGCUCGUGGAAUACGUAAUGAAUACAGGCUACGUCAGAGAUCCGUGGGAAGUCAUCCUUUCAAAUCUGCACCUCAUUCCACAGCUAUUUUUGAACUAUCGGCUGGACUGUGAUACCAGGUUGUAUAAAAGAUGCUCCGCGUAGUCGGCAAAAGUGAAUUCAACCCUUAAAGGAUAUUCAUCGGGCAUUCUCGUGUAUUCGCUGUCUUGCGGUACUCUAUCAUACAACACGUUUGAAGAGACAUUUUACGGAUCAUUAAUAAUGAAGUCCAAGGCUCUCGAGAUCUCAUGGGGCGCUUUUAUCGGCGCGCCGGACACUAACGGCACGCGCGUGGAGAAAGUUCACCACGCGCUUCAGCCUUUCUCGUCCACCGUCGCUCUUCUGGUGCUAGGGGUGAUCAUCGUAGGGAUUAUAUUACUUUCGUUCACCACCUACUACUUUCACAAAAGCAAGAGGAAGAAGAGGAAGAUGCAGAGGGAACAGGAGGAAUACGAGCGCGAUAACUGUAUCUCAUCCAUUCCGCCCAAAGUCAAGCCUGCGUUGGGUCGCAGCUUGAUAGCUCGUCCCGCUCCGACGGACCGACAACUUCAACCGACACACAAUGAUGCGCAACACCGCGAAGAAGUGGUGUUUGAGGGAGUAACUGUGUGAACGACUGAAAACUGUAAAUCUAUUGUAAAUAUGUAAGUCGAGCGUCUUGGAUAUCGCGGUGUUUUCAUACUCGAAGGUUUGUUUGCACAUCUCGAUGUAAAAGAGGUGGACUUUACUUGGAUUUUGGCGUUUGGACGUCUCUGAAUAAUGACUCGUUUUGAUUUAAUAGCAAUCUGAGUUGUAAGUGCACAUCGUGGAAUGGUUAAACACAACAGUGGGCGAGUGCUGAUAGACUUCAAUGGAGAUUUUCUAUUGAGUCGCUGUCCACGGUGCUGAGUGUUUUCUCUGCCCAGUUGGUCUAACCGAGAGGGGAGAUACGAGACGAUUAUCAUUAACUUAGACUAGACUCGUAUUAUAACAUUGUAUAUCUAUUUGUAAUUAACUAGGAAAAAAUAUAGCAAAGCUUUUUAAAUAGUAAUCGUCUUAAUAGAUUUUAGACAGGUGCUCAGUUAAUUUUUUGUUCUCACUAUAUAUAACCGUAAUACAGCAAAUAGAUCAAGCUAUACUUAAACAUCAUAAGUUGUAUUUUCUUUCAAAUUUUAACUUCAGAUUCAUUCCUAUUGUGUUAUUCAGACAUGUACUCUAAUGACUGUGAUCACUUCCCUGUAAAAAAUAAAGCUUAUUUGACUAGA